CGGUUCUGGAGAAGGAGACUGUAGGGCUUUAACGCUUAGACCUUAAUUAAAUCUGGCCGAGUCGCGGGAGGAAACCGGAAGCGGCCGGGCGUAGUUGCUCUGCAGGUGCGGCGGCUGCUGGGGAGAUGGAGUGGAAACUGGAGCUCACCGCUCCGCGGAGGAUCCGGACCGAAGAGGAGGCGCGGUGGGAGAAUGUUAUGCGGGUGCUCGCCCAGAGCAUGAAGCUGCAGAGAGGCCGAGGUUGCCCCAAGGGUCUCACUGCACAGCGACUGCAGAUCUCAAGUCCCUUUGCUGCCCAGCAGGUGCUGGGUUCCGGUACCAGCCCGCGCUCGCUCUUGGAGAGCGCCGCCGCCCGGACGCUGUGCCCGCUCGCCGCCAGGGGGCAGCAACGUCAAGCCGGGGGCUCGGAAGCCGCCUCCGCCGCGGGCCAGCACGCCGCCGCCAGCCCCUCGGAGCCUGCGGGGACAGCGCUGACGAGGACGCCCGAGACCGCUCCUCGGCUCCAGCUAAAUGUCUCUCUUGUAGGCUCUUACACAGAACUACUGAAGACUCCUGUCAAAGGCAGCUCUGAAGCACAUCACUCUGGCCUCCAUUUUUGUAAGGCAUAUCGUGCACUGGAUAGUGGGAAGGAAAGUAUCGCCUUCAAAGGCCAGAAAUGCCUAAAGCAGCUCCUUGCAGCCCAGAAGGUGGUCCAGCCUCAGGGGAACAUGCAGCUUUGUGAGGACUCCCAGUGUGCUUGGGAAGUUCUGAAUAUUCUAGAUUGGAGUUUUCAAAAUCUUGUUGCCAUCGCCCUUGGCUCUACUGUAUGCAUCUGGAAUGGAGAAGACCACAGUGGGGUUGAAAACGUAGACUUAAGUCUCACUUGUAGUUAUAUAUCUUCUGUGUCCUGGAUCAGACAGGGAACCCUGGCGGUGGGCACCAGCGAGGGAGAAGUGCGGUUAUGGGACGUGGUAACUAAGAAGCGUCUGUGCAAUCUGCGGGGUCACCUGUCGGUAGUUGGGGCACUGAGCUGGAAUUACCGUGUCCUCAGGAGUGGCUCGGGACUGGGUCGUGUUUAUCACCAUGAAGUCCGGGCAGCCCAGCAUCGAGUAAGCCCUUUGCCCCAGCAGGCCGUGUGUGCUCUGAAGUGGUCUCCAGAUGGAAGGCUGCUCUCCAGUGGCUGCAGUGGUGGGCUGCUGCAGUACGUGUGGCCCCAGGAUCCGGGCUGCAGUGCACAAGCAGUGCCACUUUUGUUGAUAACGCAGAGCGCAGCCACCAGAGUUCGAUCGCUGGCUUGGUUACCUAAGACCAUGGAGAUUGCAACUGGCCAAGGUGCUCCAUGGAAUGACGUGGCUCUGUGGACCUGCCCCACUCUUUGCAGGUCCAGUGGGUUCCUGAAUUCUCUAACUUGA